UAACUGUGUAUUGAAGCUCUGUACUGAGAUUUGUCUUAGGUCCACAAACUCUUAAACUAUUUUUUGGCUCCCGUUGGAGAAAAAAAAAAUAAACAAAUCGCCGGCAGUCAACGUCAGGUACCAGUACCACAUUCAGGUUCACCAUUUUUAUACCUUCUUGGGCUCACAUCCAGGCUUUGUUUUCGGCCCAGUCGAGACUAACAGGCCCAGUAAGCCCCAUAUCACGUUUCCAUAUCAUCGAGAUGCCGCGGACGGGCGCAGUUCCGUCCGUGUCGCAUACUCGCAUCGCAUCCCACGCAACGCAAUGGCGUCGUCUCCUCUCGCACCCACCCGGACCUACUCGCCCCUAGUGCCCAAGCUGCCCCGCCCCUCGCCCCCAUCCCCGUGUAGCUCUCCUCGUCGCAGUGCACGGUGGCCGCGCUCGGCGCGAGCCAGAGCGACUCCCGGCAGCAACAGCAGCAGCAGCAGCAGCUCGACGGCGGCGGCGACGGAGGAGCAGAAGAGGUGCCUCAGAUGCGGCGGCGUUUACCGAGACGAGGAGAACCACCCGACCGCCUGCGCCUUCCAUGGCCACAUCACAGGCGAGAAGGGUCUGUUCUCCAUGUCGCCGCCGCACCAGGGCAUCGACGGCGAGUGGAGCGACAAGAGCGGGAUCAUCGUGUACCGCUGGAACGACGAGGGGAGCCGGCCCAACACCGGCCGCGCCAACUGGAAGAAGCGCUGGAGCUGCUGCCAGGAGCGCGAGGAGGACGCGCCGCCGUGCCAGCGCGGGUGGCACGUCUCCUACGACGACGGCUACACCCUCUUCUAGGUCUCUGCUAGUGCCCGUGAAGACCACCAUAUUGCCCUGCCAGAUGUGCCAAUAAAAUCUUUUGCCAAUAAGAUGACAAACUUGCUUGUCGCCUAUUACUUGGAGUUGUACAAAAGACAAGCAUCUAGUUGAGCUGAUGAUGUUGGUUGCCUCGACGCCGAGCUGCGAUUUCUGCUUUGCUCGCCAUUGCCGAAUGGAAGCUUGUCCUAGGCCCAAGGCACAGCCGCACAGGCUCGACAGCAAAGCAGAGCUGGAAAAAAAAACGCGCUUGUGGGUUUAAUUCCCCGCGCCACGCGAAUA